AGGGAGAACGAGCGCUACGUCAAACGUUAGCAGAGUCGUUUCAAUAUAGAGAGAAAUAUUAAUAUUUUCUCGCACUGUAAGGCUAAUUUAAUAUCCGCCUGGAGUAAUACACGUCCAAAAUAGAGGAGAAUGCCGGCUGCAAAGUUCCAGAAGGGGGACCAGGUGAUGGGCCGCUGGCCUGGUAGCAACCUGUACUAUGAGGUCAAAGUUUUGGGCUACGAUCUGGAGAGUGGCUACUACACGGUCAUCUACAAGGAUGGGACGGAGCUGGAGCUCAGAGAGCAAGACAUGAAGAGCCCAACCACGUUCCAGCUUCGCUCCCGAUCCCGCUCCCGCUCUCGCUCUCGAUCGCCCGGGCGGCGCAGCAGCCGCUCCCGCUCUCCAGCCCGCACCACACGGCGCUCCACCUCUCGCGUGGUCACAGAGAGCGCCCCCCAGCCUCGCAAGGACAAAAAGCUGAAUGACUCAGUUCAAGUCAAGCUCACUCCUCUGCAGGUGACAAAGAAGGUCGAGAACAAUAGCAACAAUAAACAUGAAAAGAACGAAGAGAAACAAACAGAGGAGAAUAACACUGCUAGCAAAGUGAAAGAGCCUGAGCCGGAGGCUGAGAAGAACCAAGGCCGCUACAAUCUGCGCCGCAGGAAGGAUGAUGGCGAUUCCAAAUCAGUGGAAGCAAAACCCGAGGAGAAGGAGGUGAAGCUGGCUCCUGCGUCUGUCGCUCCAGUCUGCAGUUCACUGGACUUUGGAGGCAAGUUAGGAGCAUACUUCUUCCUGCUCUUUCUGCCCGCAUGGGUCCUUUUUCUGGUGCUGCAAGGCAACCUGGCGGACCCCAGUCUGGUCAACUUCCCCCCUCCUCUGCCCCCACUUGAAGCUUUCUGGGAUCCUCAAGCACUUGGAUUUGUGGUCUUGUGGAUCUUAUUCCAGGCCCUGCUCUACGUGCUACCUGUGGGAAAGCUGAGUGAAGGAAUGCCACUGAAGUCCGGCGAGAGGCUCAAGUAUAGAACUAAUGGUUUUUUCGCCAUCGUCGUGACCGCAGCUGCAGUGGCGGCGGCCGUCCACCAGGGCGUCGACCUCACCUACAUCCACAGCAACUUCCUGCAGCUGGCCACAGCAACCUUCCUCAUCUCCGUCGUGCUCAGUGUUUACCUGUACAUCCGCUCCCGCAACACUCCCGCAGACCAGCGAGCUCUCGGAGGAAACUCUGGAAGCUUAGCGUAUGACUUUUUCAAAGGACGUGAGCUGAAUCCUCGUAUCAAGAACUUUGAUCUGAAGUUCUUCUGCGAGAUGCGUCCGGGGCUGAUUGGCUGGUGUUUGAUCAACUUUGCCAUGGCGCGGGCCGAGAUGAAGCUGCAGGGUCUGGACAUGCCGUCGCACGCAAUGAUCCUGGUCAACGCCUUCCAGCUCCUCUACGUGGUGGACGGACUCUGGAACGAGGAGGCCAUCCUGACCACCAUGGACCUGAUGCACGAUGGCUUUGGCUUCAUGUUGGCGUUUGGUGACCUGGUCUGGGUUCCCUUCACUUACACCCUGCAGGCCUAUUACCUGGUCAGCCACCCAAACCUCCUGAGCCCUGCAGCCGUCGCCUCCAUCGUCCUGCUCAAGCUUGUUGGAUUCUACAUCUUCAGGAAGUCCAACUCUGAGAAGAACUCCUUCAGGAGAAACCCAUCUGACCCCCAGCUGGCCUAUCUGAAGACCAUCCCGACAGCGACAGGAAAGAGUCUGCUGGUGUCAGGGUGGUGGGGCGUCGUCCGUCACCCCAACUACCUGGGAGACCUCAUCAUGGCUCUGGCCUGGACGCUGCCCUGCGGCUUCAGCCACCUCCUGCCAUGGUACUACAUGAUCUACUUCAUCAUCCUGCUUGUCCACCGAGACUCCCGGGACAUGAAAGAGUGCAGGAGGAAGUAUGGCUCGGCGUGGGAGGAAUACUGCCGGACAGUACGCUACCGGAUCAUCCCCCGCGUCUACUGAGGGACUCCUCUCCGGACUGUUCUGAGCCCAGGCCAGUUCUUCACCCCCGUCUGGUGAAGGCUCCCAAACACCCCAAAAAUGGAUUGACGUAUAGUUUUUUACAAUUUUUUUUAAAGAAUUAAAUUUUUAUAAUUGACGGAGGCUGUGGAACAUUUCACGACAGGAUGAGGAAAAAAAAGACUUUCAUUGGCUUCAGAGACUUUUUUUUGAGAUUUCUCUGUUUAUAUGCUUGGAAAAAAAAAUAAUUUGUUUAAAAGUGAACAAAUGGAAAAUCAGCAAGCCUCUGCUCGAAUGUCCCGUUAGGAUGUAUAUUUCUGUAUAUACGCAUUUUGUUUUUAUACGCCCAGGAAAAACUCACCACCUGACAGUCCCCUGAAGCUUUUAUUUUUGUUUCGAUGCUAAAAAAUGGCAACAAUUUCUCUCAGAAUAAUCUUGUAAGUACGCCUUCCUGCUUUGACGAAACUGCUUGCGCAUGUUGUGUGAAGGACUUCGACUGCCACGUAUGGUGCGACCAGGACUCGCGUUUCUCAGGAAUCUGCCCAUGUUUUAGUCAAUCGGGUGCACAAUGGUUUGUUUCACAAAUAUAUAUUUUUUGACGUUAUUUGGCAUAUGCUACCUCAGGGUCAUUCACUGUCCAAUAGCGCCUCCUCCUAUGACCACUAGGUGUCAGUGUUUACCACCGUUAGUGUUUCUCCUGUGUAAUGAUUUCCUCUCUCUUCACCUGAAUUUGGGUCUCACCUCCAUAAGCUUAGCUGCCAAGACGACCGUUUUAAUGAAGUAAAUACUGUGAGAAGCCGUUGACUGUGUUCGCAUUAUUGACCGGUGCAUUUCCAGACCUGAGCAGCUGUAGUGGUUAAAAAAAAAAAGUAGCAACAUGAACUAGACUAGGAUGGAUUUUAAUGCUGUGCUGACUGAAGACUGUGUAAAUAAUUUUAUUUUUUAAUGUGUUAUUUGUUUUGGUUUUGGUUAGGAAUGGUAGUCUUGAUAGCUGGUAGAUAUUUAAUGAUGCUUUUGCUUGCCAUGUUUGGAAACUGCAACUCUCUUGACCCCACCACCGUCCAGUUUGGGCAAAUAUUCUCGGUCUUUCUGACUAGUGUGGUUCUGUGAUGGGGGAAAAAAACUUGACAGAAGAGUCAGAAUUUAGCUUUUGAGACUGGAAGAGUUAAUUGUACAGAUGUUGCAAGUGAAAAUAAAGAUUUACAGUAUUUCC